UUUCUUCUCUGUAUAUGUAUGCAUAUAUAUAGCUUAGUUAGCUGCUGCAGUGCUGCUAGUGGGUUUAGCCGCUCUACUGCUCAGGCUUAUUUCAAUAUAGACUUAUUAUUACUUAAUAGUGGGUGUUCAAAAACCAUUGUAAGCUUCAAUGCUACUGCUUCUCAUGAUCAAAUAUAAACAUUGUCGUCAGUUAGCACCAUCUCCAUCUUUAGCGAUUAGCCCAUUAUUAGCCGCAAGCCAACCAGGCCUGACAUAUAUAGCGGUGUUGACUGGGCCGGCGGUGACCUGCUUGAAGAGGCCAUAGAAGGUCAGCUUGCUCUCAUUCAUGGUUGUGUCAGGCAUCGUGUUGUCCUUCUGCGUGUACUGGUCAAACACGCCAUGAAGAACCAGUCAGCAAUUAUUAUCUUGGGUUGCUCAUUUUGUAUGUAUAGCUUCACCUGUUAACAGGUCUCCAUCAGUUUGUCCAUAUCAAGCAUAGCACCAACUAUAUAUAUAUCAUGACUAAUUAAGUAAUUGUUGGCAAGGACCCCAAGUUGUCUAUUUAAGAACAAUUUCAGUGGUAACAUUUUCUACUAAAGGUCUCCAUCAGAUGCUUCCCGCUGCCUUCCUUGAAUUGCUCAUUUGUGCGUUUCUCCAAAGUUCAGAAUAAGAAAUCACAAGAGUUGUUAAGAACAAUUAUUGGGUUGGUAAGGGAAGCAAGAGUGGUGCUAACCAGCCAGAAGGUGUGUAUAGCAAGAGCUUCCCCUAGCAUACCCCAAAUCUGGCCGGAUCUACAUCGAUUACAAGCCAGACCAGUAGGUGGCUGUUCUUUGGUUCUGUCCAAAAAGGAAUAACAAGAACAUCUCAAGCUGAAGAUCAUAUCCAGCCACUUGUCGUCAACAAGAAGCUAGCACACUCUCGGUCAUACCCAUGGCUCCAUGAGACUUCAGGAUCGGUACAAUAAAGCUUCAAUUACAACAACACCAGCCGAGCACCAGGUCUCUUUGUUUUUCCGCAAGGAUCUGUGAAACUAUUCUGAUGGUAUCAGAUUCAGACCUGCACAAGGAGAUCACCAAGAUCGACUGGAUCUAGGCAGCUUAAUUAAUAACUCUAGCUCUUUGUUUCUUCAUACACCUGGAGAUACUGUUAGAUAGAUGUUGAGAAAAAUAUGGAUGUAAGCUACCUGGAACUGUCACAUUAACCAACUUUCAUGUUGGCAAGCUGGCAGUGGCCAUCCUAAUUAUAUUGAGGAAGAAUAUACAACUAGGCCACCACCCAAAUAGUGAGGCACUAAUGGCGGAGAUUGUGAUUCUUCUAGCCAUUGAAAAGAUUGGAAUUGCCUUAACAAAUGGAGCGGCUAACCAGGCCAGCGCACUGUUUGUGAAGUACGGGACACAACUACUAGAGUUACAGCGCAGCAUGGACCGUGUUGUGAGGGAGCUUCGUGUAAUGCAUGAUUUUCUCUGUCAAAUGGACAUUCGAAACCGCAACAAACAAGCAUAUGAGAGCUGGUUGGAGGAGGUACGGAAAGUAGCACAUCUGAUGGAGGACAUGGUGGAUGAGUAUUUGUAUCUAGUUGGUCAAGAACAGGAUAUAGGAUGUUGCUUUUACAUGAAUAACGGGUUCAGAAAACCAAGAUCUUUGCUUUCUUUGAACAAGAUAUCUUUCAACGUGAAGGAAAUAGAGAAAGACCUUUCACACUUGUCAGAGACAAAAAACCGUUGGGUUCCCGUGAAUGAUGGGGACACUAGCAACUCAAAUUACAUUGUCAAGAUGUCCCAAGAUCUUGCAAACAUCUCACGCUCCCUUGAUGAAGAUCUAGUGGGUGUGGACAAAAAAAGAGAAAUACUUGAACAAUGGUUGGCAGUUGAUGAUUUGCAAUGCUCGGUGAUAGCACUGCAUGGAAUGGGAGGACUUGGUAAAACUGCUUUAGCUGCAAAUGUAUACAAGAAUGAGAGAGAAAAGUUCGCAUGCCAUGCUUGGGUCUCCAUCUCUCAAACAUAUUCUGAAGAGGAUGUCUUUCAAAAAAUAGCCAAGGAACUUUCCAGGGAUAAAAUCAGUGUUCUUUCCAACACUUCGGAUAUGGACAUCAGAUGCCUUGAAGAGAAACUGAAGGAAUUUCUGGAGCAAAAAAAGUAUUUGAUCAUAUUAGAUGAUGUUUGGACUCCAGAAGUAUUUGUUGAUUUAUGCAGGGUGCUUAUUCAUAAUGGUAAGGGCAGCAGACUUAUAUUUACAACAAGGGAACACCAUGUUGCUACACUUGCUUCUCGAGGACAUAUCUUAACAUUGGAAGCUUUACCAGAGGACAAAGCAUGGGAUCUUUUUUGUAAGAAGACUUUUCCAUGGGAUACAAAUCAUGAAUGUCCUGCAGAGUUGAAACCUUUGUCAAAUAAAAUAGUUAGUAGGUGCAAAGGCUUGCCUCUUGUUAUUGUGUUAGUUGGCAGCCUCUUGCGUGUGCGUGAGAAUACGGUGGAAGAAUGGAGAAGAAUAAAUGACCAGCUGAGCUGGGAGCUAAUUAAUACUCAGAGUCUUGGUCACGUAAGGAAUGUUUUGCAUCUGAGCUUCAUCUACCUUCCAACACACUUGAAAAGUUGUUUCCUAUAUUGCAGCUUAUUUCCCGAAGACUAUGUUUUCAAAAGGAAAACACUUGUACGGUUGUUGAUAGCAGAGGGGUUCAUCGAGGAGAGGGGUGAAAGCACAUUAGAGGAAGUGGCAGAAGGCUAUCUGAAGGACUUGGUUGAUAGAAACAUGCUACAACUUGUUCAGAGGAACCACUUUGGUAGGAUAAAGGAAUUUAUAAUGCAUGAUAUCUUACGUGAACUAGCAGUUGAUUUGUGCAAGAAGAAUUGUUUCGGUGUUUCAUAUGAGAAUAAGUGUGGGCGAUGUCUUGAGACAGAUGUCCGUCGAUUGGUACUACACAACGUAAAGAAGGAUAAUCAUCAGUCAAUUUCUGGUAUGCACAAACUCCGUACAAUCAUUAUGCUGGACAAAAGCAUUCCAUCAUUGACUUUACUACCUGCACUAUGUGAGAAGUCAAGAUAUAUGACAGUGCUGGAUUUAAGUAAUCUAGCCAUCGAGAAGAUUCCAGAUGCUAUUGGAGAUCUUUUUAAUCUCCGCCAUUUGGGUUUGCGUGGUUCAAAGGUGAAGAUGCUCCCAAAGUCCGUUGAGAAGCUUACAAAUCUGUUAACACUGGACCUUUGUCGAUCUGACAUACACGAGUUGCCUAGCGGGAUUGUGAAAUUGAAGAAGCUCAGACACUUAUUUGCUGAGAAAAACAUUGAUCCUUAUGGGAGAGAAUUUAAAUGGCGAAGUGGUGUGUGUAUCGACAACGGUCUUGGAAAUCUAACAAACCUGCAAACGUUACAAGCAUUGGAAGCACAAGAUGAGUCUGUUAGGCAUUUAGGGGAGUUGAGGCAACUGAGAAGCUUGAGGUUGUGGAAUGUGAAGGGAAUCUAUUGUGGGCGCAUCAGUGAGUCUCUAGUUCAUAUGCAAUAUCUGUCCUACCUGGAUGUGAAUGCAAGUUCUCAGGACGAGGUUCUCUUGUUGAAUGUUUGUCUGUCAAACCUGCAAAAACUAACUUUGAGAGGGCGCCUGGCGGAAGGGGCGUUGGACGAGUCUCCUCUCUUCCAAGAUGUUGGGGGGCAGAACUUGCAUAGAUUGUCUCUAUCGUGGUCACAGCUGAGAGAAGACCCCCUUCCAUCCCUUUCCCGGUUGUCAAACUUGACGCUUCUACAGUUCACCAGAGCAUACAACGGAGAGCAGCUGGCAUUUCUCACGGGGUGGUUUCCCAAGCUAAAGGUUCUCUCUCUAAAAGACCUGCCUAAGCUGAGCCGGCUAGAGAUAGCAGAAGGUGCCAUGGCAAGCCUGGAGAACCUAUUCUUAACCAACCUCAGAAGCAUGAUGGAGGUCCCACCCGGCAUUGAGUUCCUCCUGCCCCUCCGGUAUCUAGUCUUCCGCGAGAUCACCAGCUUCUACCAAAUCAGCAGCGACUUCUUAACGUUGCUGCACCAAAGUUCUGCAAUUAAAGGGACGCAGUGGUCGCACACUCUCCGUCCUUGACCUGCCACACUGGCCGGCAAUGUGAAGGUCACCAGCUAGAAGGAAGAUGCUUCACUAUUCUGGUCUGCAUGGAGAUCAAGGAAAUCCAAGGGUUCGUCUCGAUGAGUUAUAUGGUGUCAAUGCAUCUCAAGAUGUGUAUGCAGUGUUGGUAUACGUUCAGUGUUGCUGCUGAUGUACAAUAUGCUCCUACUGCCUGUGUUUACUACUGUUUGUCUGCUUUAGCUUGUCAAGUGUGAUAAAAUCUGGCUAUUGAUCAUUCCCGGUUUCGGUUUCUA